AGGUUCCUAUAAGGUGUCAGGGUGUCACUGUCUAUUUCUCCAUGGAGGAGUGGGAGUAUUUAGAAGGACACAAGGACCUCUACAAGGACGUCAUGAUGGACAAUCAGCCGCCCCUCACAUCACCGGGUGGAUCCAGUAAUGGGAACCCACCAGAGAGAUGUCCCUGUCCUCUGUAUUCCCGGGAUUCCACACAGGAAGGUCACACCAUCCCUCACCAUCAUAAGGCAGAUGGAUCCAGUAAUGGGAACCCCCCAGAGAGAUGUCCCUGUCCUCUGUAUUCCCGGGAUUCCACACAGGAAGGUCAUACCAUCCCUCACCAUCAUCAGGUUGCAGAACUGAAAGACAGCAAAAUUGAGGUGAAAGAGGAAGAAGAUGAGAAAUUCAUGUAUGGAGAUCAACAGUCUAUGGAAGGGAGUGGUCAUCUGUAUUCUCAGGAUUCCACACAGGAAGAUCACACCAUCCCCCACCAUUUUCAGGAAGAACUGAAAUACAUCAAAGUUGAGGUUAAAGAAGAAGAAGAAGAGACGUUUGUGAGUGGAAAUCAGCAGUCUAUGGAGGAGGGGGAGAUGAUUAUGAAAAGUAAACCGGAGGAACUUUCUCUACAUAUUGAAGCAAGUAAGUCAUAAACACUAAA